UUUCAAAUACGCUGCCCGGUGGAAGUGUUGUAUAAUAAUUCAAUAGUAAAUUGAUAUUUCACGAUGGUUAGAAGAGCUGGUAUCCAUUAUUCAAUCGCAAACAAUGAGGAAGUAAUGAUAAAAGCGAAAGCGUCGAAUGUUGCCGUAAAAUUUAGGCAUCUAGUAGAAGUUGCCGCGGCCGUACGACAAAUGGAGCUUGUGAGAGCGAAUUCAUACUUAAAAAACGUUAUCAACCAUAAGGAAUGUAUCCCUUUCAGAAUAUAUAAUGGUGGAGUAGGAAAAUGUGCCCAAGCAAAACAAUUCAAAACUGUUAUCGGUCGCUGGCCGAGAAAAGCUGCAAAGUGUAUGAUAGAUUUAUUAAAAAAUGCUGCUUCUAAUUGCGAAUUUUAUGGUAAAGAUCCGUGCGAUUUUUAUAUUUACCACGUUCAAGUGAAUCAAGCGCCUGUUUCUACUAGAAGAACUUACAGGUCUCACGGACGUAUCACACCCUAUAUACGAUAUAAUAGUCACAUUAAUCUUAUUUUAAAAGAAAAAAUCUCGUUAGUGCAACAGCCAUUUUUAUUCCAGUAACAUGUGAUUAGUUCAUUAUAAUGUUCAAUUGUUUUUAAAUAAUAAAGAUUUUUUCAAUUCUGAA